AUGUCGGCUCGUCUUAUCUCGGGCCGUGGUUUUCCCAGGCCACCAAACUUUUUCCUAAGGAACACUGGUCUACCUCUAAAAUCCGGUUUCAACCCUGCAAAAUUCAUUCUAUACACAGCAGGUCUUGUUGGUGGCGGUUUUGCCGGACUGUAUUUGAUCAAUUCCAGAUCUGCCAUUCAUGAAUAUCUCUUUUGUCCAGUCUUGAGAUUGCUUACUCCAGAUCCAGAAAAAGGACACCAGGUAGGAAUAUUUCUAUUGAAAUGGGGUCUUACUCCGAAGCUGUUGUUUGACUACGACGAUCCUGUUUUGCGAGUCAAUGUUUUCAACAAAAAUCUGUCGAAUCCUGUGGGCUGCGCUGCAGGACUUGACAAAAACGGUGAUGCUAUCGAUGGCAUCUUGCAAAGUGGUUUCGCGUACCACGAAAUUGGCUCAAUCACCCCGCUUCCUCAACCAGGUAAUGCCAGACCAAGAUUUUUCCGUUUGCCUCAAGAUGAUGCUGUAAUCAACCGUUACGGUUUCAAUUCCGACGGUCAUGACAGUGUCUUUUCUACCGUCACUGAGCGCGUCAACAAGUACCUGUAUUCUUAUUUUUCCAAAGACAGCAAGAUCGAAAAUUUGUCGUUGCAUCAGGGCAAACUGUUAGGAAUUAAUCUGGGCAAAAACAAAACUGGCGAUGAAGUAACGGAUUAUCUCAAGGGUGUUGAAAAAUUUCAUUCUCUUGCCGAUAUUCUUGUCAUCAACGUAUCAUCACCAAAUACUCCAGGGUUGAGGGACUUGCAAAGUGAGUCAAAACUUGCUGAUCUGUUGAGUCAGGUCGUGAACAAGAGAAACUCGCUUGUGAAUUCGGGAAAUUCUCUGGGUGCCAACGUACAUAAACCACCAAUCUUGGUCAAGAUUGCUCCCGAUUUGACAGAACCUGAGCUCCAGUCUAUUUCCGAGGCCGCUAGAAAGUCUAAAGUAGAUGGCAUAAUUGUGUCCAACACGACCAUCCAGAGACCAAGCUCUCUUAUCACCAAGGAUGAGGAUUUGAAGUCACAAGUCGGUGGUUUAUCUGGAAAGCCGCUAAAGGAGCUCUCCUUGAAAGCUUUGAGAACAAUUUACAAAUACACUAAGGACUCCGACCUUGUUCUGAUAGGUUGUGGCGGUAUUUCCUCUGCACAAGAUGCCCUCGAGUUUGGUAGAGCCGGCGCGACGUUCGUACAGCUUUACACUUCCUUUGCGUACAAGGGACCUGGUGUUGUCGCCAAGAUUAAGGAUGGUCUGACAGAAGAGUUAAAGAAGGAAGGUAAAACCUGGAUGCAAAUCAUCGGGGAGGACAGUAAAUAA